GACCCUGACCCCGAGGAAUAAUGGCAGGCGAAAACCCGGGCCGAAAUAGCCCACCGGAACCCGAACCAGAAUCCGAAGCCCUCCGCCUGAAAAACCAAGCAGAGCAAAAGUACGUCGCCGGAAACCUCAAGUCGGCGUUAAAAUACGCCAAGCGAGCUCACCGUCUUCAACCGUCUCUUGAAGCUCUGCCGGAAAUGCUCACCUCCUUCAAGAUCCUCCGGACAGCCACCAGGCCGUUCACCUCAACUCCACCAGAGCAAGGCGGCGGCGACGGGGCCGCUUCAAUUUCCCCAGCUCCGCCGGACUACUACAAAAUUCUCCAGAUUGAGAGGUUUGCUCAUAUAAAUACGAUUAAAAAACAGUACAAGAAAUUGGCAUUAACCCUACACCCCGAUAAAAACCCGUUUAUUGCCUCGGAAGAGGCUUUUAAGCAUGUAGGGGAAGCUUUUAGGGUUUUAUCGGAUAGAAUUAGGAGGAAGGAAUAUGAUAUGAGGUUGAGAAUUGCUAUGCAGAAUGAGGCUGAGGCUGCGGCGGGGGCGGCUGGAGGUGGGGUUGAGGAGGUGGAGACGUUUUGGACGGCGUGUUCGACUUGUAGAUUGUUGCAUCAGUUUGAGAGGAAGUAUUUGGGGCAUAAUUUGGUUUGCCCUAGUUGUAAGAAGAGUUUUAAGGCGGUCGAAGUGGAGGAGGAGGAGGAAAAUGCUAGCACGGUUCAGAGGGGUGAGGAGGGGGAGAAUGUUGUUUUGAGAACAAGUGAAAGAAUUAAGGCGAGAAGGCUUGGGAAAAUGAGUAGUGUUGGGGGGGUUUUGGAGGUGUCUGGAGGGAAGCAUAAGGGAUUGAGAGAGAAGCUGAUGGUGAAGGAUUUGGAGAAUGUGGGGAGGAAAAGGGGGUUGGAGGCUGGAGGCGAUGAUGUGGUGAUUGAGGAGUUGAGGUCGAGAAGUGAGAAAAAGGAGGGGAGGAGUGGUGGGGUUGAGAUGGAGGAGAGAGCGACGACGCGGGCAAGGACGAAAAGGGUGAAGGUUGAUGAAGAGGAGACGAUGACAUUAGCUGAAAUGCAAAUGUUAGCGAAGAAGAAGGUCAGCCAGCAGAAGAUGAAGUUGAAAGCAAAGGCAAAGGAGGCGGAGGAGAGGGAAAAGGAGAAGGAUAAGAAUAUGGGAAAUGAGGAGUUAAAGCAGAAGGAGAAUGAGAAGGAGACGCAAAAUGAAAAAUCAAAGGAGAAGGAGAUUGAAAUGGAGAAUGAAGAGGAGGAGGAGGAGAUAGAGAAGGAUACACAAAAGAAGCAGCAGAAGUUAAAUGAAAAGGAGAGCAACAUGGGAUUGGAAAGAAUCAAUGAAAGGGAUAAGAGGGAUAGAAAAAUGGGAGUUUCAUCAAAUGAACAAAGCAUGGAAGUUGUGGGAAGAAGGGCUUCUAGAAGUACUAGGGACUUGGCAAUUGAGAAGCGAAAAAGACCAAGACAGAACAAUAGGGAGAUUGUGGCAGUGGAAGCUUCAGAUUUUUACAAUUUUUAUAAGGACAGAGUGGAGAGGAGCUUUAAGAAAGGUCAAGUUUGGGCUAUUUAUGACAGUGAGGACGGAAUGCCAAGGCGUUAUGCUUUGAUUGAUGAAGUUGUUUCUCUGAAUCCCUUCCAGGUGAGAUUGAGUUGGUUAGAAUUUCAGAACAACGGUGAUGAGCAGUUAAUUAGUUGGGAGAAAAUUGGAUUUCAUAUUUCUUGUGGCAGAUUCAAGGUUUCUGAAAAGGCUUCAGUUAAAUCUCCAAAAAUGUUUUCACAUCUUCCUGAUUGUGAAAGAGCAGCAAAAGAAGUAUAUAGGAUCUAUCCAAAGAAGGGUUCUGUUUGGGCGCUUUAUGAUGAAAAUGCUUUGGAUUCAGGGAGAAACCAAAUGAAGAAUAAGGGGUGCUAUGAUAUUGUUGUGUUUUUAACUAGCUACAGUGAGAUACACGGCUUGAGUAUGGCGUACCUUGAAAAGGUUGAUGGAUACAAGACAAUCUUUAAGAGGAAAGAAUUUGGGGCUCAUGCUAUUAGAUGGCUUGUAAAAGAUGAGUUCAGACUGUUUUCACAUCAGAUUCCCGGAAGGAAGCUUUCUGGAGAAGAGGCCCCUGGCCUUCCUAGAGACUGUUGGGAGCUUGAUCCUGCAUGUCUUCCUCCUAACUUGCUUACAAUUGGUUGGGUAGAUAAAGAUGUUGGAACAAAACUAUAGUUAAGCAAGUGAAUGGAUGAUUGCUUCCUUGCUUUAAAUAUAAAAUGAAAGACUGUCAGACUGCAAGCGAUGUGACUAAAUAGAAAGAUGUCCAACAAUUUUCUUUUGAUGUAAAUAGUCACUUCCGGAUACGCUUCUUGUUGUACAGCAACAUAAUGUUUGGUCUUCACUUUCAAGUUGGAUUAUUUAGGCCUUCUCAAGCUUCUAAAUGUUGCUCUUUCUUAAAAUGAAUGAAGUGCACAGCCUGUAAAUUAUUGUACAA